AGUAGGACUCAAUUGUUCAUUAUACGUCACUGUGGAGUGGGAAUACAAGGCUUUCAACAAACUGACGAACCACGACGCAACAUUUACUGAUUGUGUGGCAACUCCUACCAAGGUUGUAGAGCUGUGAACCGCAAAUACACACCGCACCCUGUCCGCUGAAUGCCGUUUUCUUCUUUUUCACAUUCACCGCCAAUGAAGGACCAGAAUGCGUUUUACGCAGUUUUGAAAGCGACUUUCAGCUGACAAUAAUUACAUUCGCACAACAUACGCUUGCCUGAACACGAGAGAGAAUGAUUUCACUACUGAUUAUCAGUUCAAAACAAAUGACGAGUGAAUCAGGAAAUGGAUAUGUCAGGCAGAUCGUUGCAAACACAAACGUCCUCGACAGAAUGUUUUCCUCUUUCAGUCGUGCAUAACAAACCCAGCCCUGGCAGAGUGACACUGUGGGUGUAGGUUAUCUGUUGUGUGUUGGGGUGAGGAAUGUGCAGAAGGACUAACAGCAUACACGAUGAAGAUUGUUGUGUGGGUAGUCGCUCUUAUCUUCGCAGGAACUGCAUGCUUUGUGUGUGCGAGAUGUUACGAAGAUCUUUGUAACGAGAAGAGGUGCCAGAUUUGUGAGGAGAUCAAGCGGCAUUGUAAUACUGAGUCCACGUCUACAAAAUGUGACGGGUUUUGUAAAGAUCUGGAGGUGAUUGACUACAAUACACAGAACCACGACAAUUUUAUGAAAUUAUGGAUGACUGGCAAAACAAGAAUGUGGAAAGUACAAAGUGAUCUUGCUAAAACACGACGCAAUUUAGAGACAGUCAGCCAGUCUCUGCACGACACCAGGGAGACCAUACGAAACCUUAUAAAUGAAAAUAAUUAUUUGAGAAAUAUUAUCUCAGAUCCAAAGGAGAUGCUUUUUGUUGACGAUAAUGCCCCAAACCAGAACGGACAUAGUGACUGUAUUGUACAAGAGGACUCUCUGAGCCGAUGCUUGACACAACUGGAGGAACAGUCAAGCCAAACUGAUAGGUUCAUCGGUUAUUUAAAAGAAGCAUACACACUUGGACUGGUACUACUGCUAGCAUUGGCAUGCCUAACCAUAUAUCUGCUGUACGUGUUUAAGUCUUCACCCAGUCCGAACGCCCGAUGUGUCACAACGUGUCAGUUUGAUGGACCCACGGCUAUGGUGCCAACAAAAAAUACAGAAAAAUGAUCAGAAAGAAUCUGAUCUUCGAACCUUGUACGGUUCGAUUUAAUGUAUGUGUAACGAAAAGAAUAAAUUAUCCUGAUCCUU